UUUAAUGUGCUCAUCUCUCCGUUUCCAUGCGCGUGGUAGCUUUCAUGAUCCCAUCCACAACCAUAGUCCAUCGAAUAACUCCAACAUACACAUAUAAACAGUAGGCCCAGUUCCGUGUAACCUAACACAUACAGACUGACACCCUCACAGGAGGCACUUCGCCGUACGAAUACUUUCACGAGUAUGUGAACACUCUUGAGCGCAAAAUGCAUGAGCCGGUGCCCUCCCGCGCGCAGACGUCGCUGCCAUCACUCGUUCCCAUGAUGAGCUAGCGACCGAUGCCGACGGUGUGGCUGAGAACAUACGGCCUUGAACUUGAUCUGGAUAAUACCAGCGAAAGGAUCAUGCACCCUAACACAAGCAGAUUACACCAAGAACAACAAUCCGAGAAGUUCCUUUCGAGCCCCAACAACAAACCACGAAGAACGAGAUGGCUCCUCCCGCUGCAAUCUCCCCCGUCCGCGACUACGCCGUCCCCGUCAUGGCCAACAAGUCCAAGCCCUCUACCCCCGUCCCCGCCACCGCCAAUGCCUCCACCACCAUGGUGGAGGACAUGUUCGGCAAAUGGGACACUUUCAAGUUCGCCCCCAUUCGCGAGUCCCAGGUCUCCCGCGCCAUGACGCGCCGCUACUUCUCCGACCUCGACACCUACGCCGAGUCGGACGUCGUCAUCGUCGGCGCCGGAUCCUGCGGCCUCUCCACGGCCUACGUCCUCGCCAAAGCCCGCCCAGACCUCAAGAUCGCCAUCGUCGAGGCCGGCGUUGCCCCUGGUGGGGGCGCCUGGCUCGGCGGGCAGCUGUUCUCUGCCAUGGUGAUGCGCAAGCCUGCUGAAGUCUUCUUGGACGAGGUCGGUGUGCCGUACGAGGAUGAGGGAGACUUUGUUGUCGUCAAGCACGCUGCGCUGUUUACGUCUACUGUCAUGAGCAAGGUGUUGCAGUUCUCCAAUGUGAAGCUGUUUAACGCUACCACGGUCGAGGACCUCAUUACCCGCAAGAACGAGGAUGGCAGUCUGCGGGUCGCGGGCGUGGUUACCAACUGGACUCUUGUCUCUAUGCAUCACGACGAUCAGAGCUGCAUGGAUCCCAACACCAUCAACGCGCCGCUCGUGGUGUCGACUACUGGCCACGACGGCCCAUUUGGCGCGUUCUGCGUCAAGAGACUUGUGAGCAUGAAGCAGAUUGAGCAGCUUGGCGGCAUGCGCGGUCUGGAUAUGCAGACUGCUGAGGAUGCUAUUGUCAAGGGGACGAGAGAGAUUGUGCCGGGGUUGAUUGUGGGCGGGAUGGAGUUGAGCGAGGUGGACGGCGCCAACCGCAUGGGUCCGACUUUUGGCGCCAUGGCUCUCUCUGGAGUCAAAGCUGCCGAGGAGGCUCUUGCCAUCAUUGAUGCCCGCAAGAAGCAGAACGAGCUCUAGGUUGCGGUGGUCUGAUGUUGGGAAUGUUCACUUUCUUUCAUCUGGAGAUUUGUGUUUCUAGUCGCUCACUCUUUCAGGUAAGGUAGGUUCGGGUUGAGAUGACAUGAGAUUGGAUACUUUGUCAGGGAUUGAGAUCAAGUAAACAAGAUGAAAACAUACAAUUAUGAUCCGAAUAGAGUCACUCUUUUUAACGCAA